CCUCCCGUCGGGUGAAGGCUUGGGUACCCCCGUAGCCGGUACCUGAGGCGCCAUCGUCCGUGAGGCUAGCGCCCGAGUCAGGGCGCUUCUGAGGACGAGCAUGGCGCGGCUUCGGCGCUGAGAAAAGCAGCCAGCCGUGUCCUUUCUGAGACUCCUCUGAAGGUUUCCCGAGUGGAAAGGAGCGGCUCCUGGAUCAUUGGCAGACGCAGGCUGGGGCGGGGCUCGGCGGGGUCAGCUCCACCCCGGCGCGGGAGAUAAUAUACCCUGUGUCAUCAUGGCUUCCACACAGUAAUCUCUUCUUCAGAAAUUCAUCAGCUUCACAGAAAAUUUUGUUGAACAGCCUAAAAACAGAAGAUCAAGGCAAAACAAUCUGCUGUGUAUUGCAACCUGGGAAGUGAGCUGACCUUCCAUUUAGAGGUAAAAGAGAGACAUUUAAAUGGAAUGGGAAAACCAAACCAUUCUGGUGGAAUUUUUUCUGAAGGGACUUUCUGGUCACCCAAGGCUUGAGUUACUCUUUUUUGUGCUCAUCUUCAUAAUGUAUGUGGUCAUCCUUCUGGGGAAUGGUACUCUCAUUUUAAUCAGCAUCUUGGACCCUCACCUUCACACCCCUAUGUACUUCUUUCUGGGGAACCUCUCCUUCUUGGACAUCUGCUACACCACCACCUCUAUUCCCUCCACGCUAGUGAGCUUCCUUUCAGAAAGAAAGACCAUUUCCCUUUCUGGCUGUGCAGUGCAGAUGUUCCUCGGCUUGGCCAUGGGGACAACAGAGUGUGUGCUUCUGGGCAUGAUGGCCUUUGACCGCUAUGUGGCUAUCUGCAACCCUCUGAGAUAUCCCAUCAUCAUGAGCAAGGAUGCCUAUGUACCCAUGGCUGUUGGGUCCUGGUUUGCAGGGAUUGUCAACUCUGCGGUACAAACUACAUUUGUAGUACAAUUGCCUUUCUGCAGGAAGAAUGUCAUCAAUCAUUUCUCCUGUGAAAUUCUAGCUGUCAUGAAGAUGGCCUGUGCUGACAUCUCAGGCAAUGAGUUCCUCAUGCUUGUGGCCACAAUAUUGUUCACAUUGAUGCCACUGCUCUUGAUAGUUAUCUCUUACUCAUUAAUCAUUUCCAGCAUCCUCAAGAUUCACUCCUCUGAGGGGAGAAGCAAAGCUUUCUCUACUUGCUCAGCCCAUCUGACUGUGGUCAUAAUAUUCUAUGGGACCAUCCUCUUCAUGUAUAUGAAGCCCAAGUCUAAAGAGACACUUAAUUUGGAUGACUUGGAUGCUACCGACAAAAUUAUAUCCAUGUUCUAUGGGGUGAUGACUCCCAUGCUGAAUCCUUUAAUCUACAGUCUUAGAAACAAGGAUGUGAAAGAGGCAGUAAAACACCUACUGAACAGAAGGUUCUUUAGCAAGUGAAUGCAAAAUGUACUGGAGUGUGAACACACUUGAUAUUGUUGAAACUUCAGAAUUAUGUUAGAAUUUUGGAUACUUUUACUGUUUUUCUGCAUUUUCAUAUAUUAUGUUAAAAUAAUGAGAUACAGCAUUUCAAAAUUAUUGCAUGUCCAGUCUAGAGAAUUUUCAAGAUACAGGGCAGUAGGAUGAAGAAGACAGAGGGGCUACCUAUUACUCUAAUAGUGGGAAAUGGCUACUUUUCAACAUUUUGAACAGUAUCUUUCGUAUUAUGGUUUUUAAAUUUUUGCUGUGUUGGAAUUGGGUGUGAUGUGCCUUUUUAUGUUCACUUUUCUACAUAACAUUAUUUCAUAGGCAACAUUUCAUUGACUCUUUGAAAAUAAAUAAAGCCCUCUGUUGUAGAAAAAGCAAAACAGAAAAAACCCAAUAUACUGCACUCACAUUUUCCAGUGGCAAGCCUUGUGUUAUAGUUUCACAUUAAUCUCCAGAUCCUGUUGAGUCAUUAAAUACUAUUUUCUUGUUCUGUAUUUAAAUAUUUUUGUGUGAAGCUGAGUAUUUGGGACUAUCAAGGGGCAGUAGAUAAAUAGAGUUUAAAAGCAGGGCCUAUGCAAUCAGUCGGGAUAUCCUGCUUUAUGGUCUUUCUUUGCUUUAACUUAUAGGUUGGCUUUAGCAUAAAGAACAUUUUGCAAAAUUAAAAAUAGGUUUGAAAAUCAGUCUACUGGUCCAGAUAAUAAUAUGGACUAGUUUUGGGUUGAAUGGAGUGUCCUAUCAAUGCCCAUUUAGAAGAUGCCCAAUUUUUUUGCUAUCCCGAGGAAAUUCCAAUAUGUUUCCAAGUCUUAGAAGAAUGUCCAAGCUCUUAAUUUUUAGUACAAAUACUGUUCAUGUCUUGUCUCUGUUACUAACCAGCUUAAUUUGAGGAAGAAGAGGAUUGGGGAAUGUCAGACAUUAUCUUGCUUUUCCUUGGUUUUUACGUCAACAUUUUACUCUAUGUGAAGAACAUUUUAAAUUUACAGCCCAAGAUGAAUGAUGAAGUGUGUUCAGGAGUGAACCACCUUCUAGGUAAUCUGUUUAGCUGAAUCAGUUUUUAUUAAUGGACCAGUGAAUUUAGAGUAUAUUGGGCAUAAACGUAUUUUACGUAGACAAGUAAGAAUUACCUGCUUGUGGAAUCUUUGGGUUUAGUCACUCGUUUAAUCUUCCCAAGUUCACUUGUUAAUUUUAGUGGAAAGAAUAUUAAACAGUCACAAACUAUAUUUAAAUAUAUCCAUCAUAGUUGUUUACAGAUUAAAUCUGAUGGCAAGAGUUGAAAUUAUUGAUAAUUAAAUUUACAUCCUGACAAAAUGGGCUGUGAAAAUCUAUUAGUUCCCAUACACGAGUUCAUCGGACUUUUUGCACCCACUAAGAAUUCCUGGUAGGUAGAAAACUCUGGAAGUCCCAGGCAUUUUAUGUUUGACUCGUAGUCAGGUUGUCUUGAAUGCUCAAAUGCUAAUUUUGUUUUCCUUCACAAUUUAAAUCCAGCCACUGUGAUAAAUUCUCUGGGAUGACUCAGGUGGCUCCAUAGUCUUACAUCAGAUUUAUACCAUUUUUUAUUAUUAUACUCUAAGUUAUAGGGUACAUGUAUGCAAUGUGCAUGUUUGUUACAUAGGUAUACAUGUGCCAUGUUGGUUUGCUGCUCUCAUCAACUCGUCAUUUACAUUAGGUAUUUCUCCUAAUGCUAUUCCUCUCCCAACACCCUACCCCGUGACAGGCCCCAGUGUGUGAUGUUCCCCACCCUGUGUCCAAGUGUUCUCAUUGUUGAAUUCCCACCUGUGAGUGAGAACAUGUAGUGUUUGGUUUUCUGUCCUUGUGAUAGUUCGCUGAGAAUGAUGGUUUCCAGCUUCGUCCAUGUCCCGGUAAAGGACAUGAACUCAUCCUUUUUUAUGGCUGCAUAGUAUUCCAUGGCAUAUAUGUGCCACAUUUUCUUAAUCCAGUCUAUCAUUAUGGACAUUUGGGUUGAUUCCAAGUCUUUGCUAUUGUGAAUAGUGCCACAAUAAACAUAGGUGUUCAUGUGUCUUUACAGUAGCAUGAUUUAUAAUCCUUUGGGUAUAUACCCAGUAAUGGGAUCACUGGGUCUAAUGGUAUUUCUAGUUCUAGAUCCUUGAAGAAUCUCCACACUGUCUUCCACAAUGGUUGAACUAGUUUACAGUCCCACCAACAGUGUAAAAGCAUUCCUAUUUCUUCACAUCCUCUCCAGCACCUGUUUUUUCCUGACUUUUUAAUGAUCACCAUUCUAACUGGCGUGAGAUGGUAUCUUACUGUGGUUUUGAUUUGCAUUUCUCUGAUAACCAGUGAUGAUGAGCAUUUUUUCAUUUGUCUGUUGGCUGCAUAAAUGUCUUCUUUUGAGAAGUUUCUGUUCAUAUCUUGCCCAAUUUUUGAUAGGGUUGUUUGUUUUUUUCUUGUAAAUUUGUUUAAGUUCUUUGUAGAUUCUGGAUAUUAGAGAUUUAUACAUUUUUGAUAGAAAAUUAAUUAAAGCAAGAAGAAAUUUUAAAGCACACAUUUCUCCUUACAGGAGAAUAUUAGGAGAGUUUUUCUCUCACAGGGUUGUAGAAUCAAGGUCUGAAGAAAAUAAAGGCAUGUUAACUGUCUUGAUAUAUUUAUGUGUUCAAAUUUGCUGGGCAAAAUACACAAUCAUUAUAAUACUGACAUAAUGCUUUAUUUUAAUACUUGAGCCUCUAGAGGA